GCGCCCCCUCGGAGCCGCAGCAUGAACUGACAGCUCUGAACAUGUGUGGCUCUUUCAGUCAAGUCAGUGUUAGCUGCGAGUUGAUGGCAAAGCACAGCUGGCUAGUGGCUAACAACUAACAACUAACCAGGUGGUAGCCUACAUCUGUUAUCGUGUGGAUAACCUUUGCUCUGCGUCACCUGUCCCGGGGUUAGAGAUCCAGUGAGGAGCGCCUACUUUAACUCUGUGGUGAAGCUAAGUAUAAGCUAGCGUCAGCUAACAAGCUGCAGACUCUCCUGAAAAAUGGCCACUAUUUCAAUUCCUGCAUGUACUAGUGCACUCCUGCUUGAUAUCGAAGGGACAACAACACCAAUCACAUUUGUAAAGGAUAUCUUAUUUCCAUACAUCAGGGAGCAUCUUGAGGAGUACCUGUCUACUCACUGGGAGGAAGACGAGUGCAAACAAGAUGUUCAUCUCCUAAAGAAACAGAUUGAAGAGGACAUGAGGCAGCACCGGUCGUGCCCCGUCCACACCGUGGACCAGACGGUGCACACAGACGAGGAGAAGGCUAUUAGAGAGGUAAUGGAUAAUGUGCUAUGGCAGAUGGCGGCAGACAGGAAGUCGACAGCACUCAAACAGUUACAGGGCCACAUGUGGAGGUCAGCAUAUUCUUCUGGGAGAAUCAAAGGCGAGGUCUACCAGGAUGUAAUUCCAUCCCUUAAAAGAUGGAGAGAACAAGGACUAAAAGUGUACAUUUACUCCUCGGGAAGCGUGGAGGCACAGAAACUUCUGUUUGGAUACUCUGAAGAAGGAGACGUGUUGGAUUUAUUAGAUGGUCACUUUGACACCAGUAUAGGAGCUAAAGUGGAACGUAAGAGCUACGAGAGAAUUGCUGAGAGGAUUGGAUUUCAACCAGAAGAAAUCACAUUCUUGACCGACGUCACCCGAGAGGCCAAAGCAGCAGAGGAAGCGGGGGUGAACGUGGUGGUGGUGGUCAGGUCCGGGAACAUGGAGCUGACGGAUGACGAGCGCUCCCACUAUAGCCUCGUUACAUCCUUUAGCCAACUGGAAGUGACGGGACGUGUUUAACAGAGCUAGGAGGAACACUUUGUUUCAUAAUGACCUGUUCUUUCUUUUCUUUGCCCUCCCAGCCCCCUUACCUCUCUCCUUUUUGCAAUGUUUUAGUUUGUUCCGCGUUGACAGUUCAAAAGGUGUAGGAGAAGCUGCUGGGACUCCCGUUAGAGGUCCCGGCCUGUAAGGAGUCAAUCUACCCCGUUCUGUGAGGGUGCCUUUCAAUGGAGACAGAUCUGCGGAGGGUUACAGCAACAUCACUCACUGGUAGGGUUGCAAAGGGGCAGAAAGUUUCCGGUAAAUUUCCGGAAAGUUUCCAUGGGAAGUUAAGCUGGGGAAUUUUGGAAAUAUUCUAUGCAAAAUUAAACAAAAAAACAUGACAUUUCAACAUUUUUUUUUAAAAAGUAGAACAGAACAAGUUUUAAUUAUUUUAUUGAACAAUUAUUUGUUUCAUUGAAGAACGAAAACAGGAAUGUUGAGUUAAAUGUUACUCAUCCCCCCCAACCCCACUCAGUAAAAAAUGAACAAAAAUGCACCUCCCAUCCAAAAAUCCCCACAAAGUCCCAUUCAAAAUGUUAAAUGAAAAGAGCCCCUCUCCCUCCAAAAAGUUCCAUUAAACAUGCAAAUCUUCCUUCAAGCGAUCCUCUGCAUUUUUUACCCUUUCAGUCAACGGGCUCUUCCUGGGCCUCAUCAACAUCCAACUCUUCCUCUUCCUCUGCAGUGUCACUGUCCAGCCUUGUUGAGGAUGGCUCUGUGUCAGGCUCAGAGAGCCUUAGGUUUGCCCGAAUGCCAACCAGUUUUUCCACUCUCACAUUUGUGAGCCUGUUGCAAACCUUUGUGUGGUCUCAAUAGCCAUGCAGUAAGCAGUGUGCUAUGGCAUAGAUAUUCAAGUGUACUUGAAUGGCAUCUGUUUGUUUUAGUCAAGAUUAUGCUAAAAUAUACUUUCCCCAACUAUAUUGAAGUUCCCUAUGAAGAGCCAACCUUCAAUUUUGAAAAUUCCCAGUUUAUUCCCAUAAAUUCCUGUUUAUUCCCGUGGAAAGUUUCCAUCUUUGAAAAUUCUUGAAAUGUUGCAACCCUACUCACUGGGAAGAGAUCAGAAAAGCUGUAAAAUGAGGCCUGUAGGAAACUGCACACAUGACCUUUUUAACCACGCUCGGUUGGUAAACCUCUCCAAUUUUAAUGACAACUUUCCAACUGUUUGUGUCGUAUUUGUCACCGUUUUGUAAACAUUUUCCAUCGAUGUGCCGUUUCCCCCCCCUCUUCACAUACACACGUGUUGCAGAUGUAUGACGUCUUAUCCAGUAAUUGACCCGUUAAGCGUUGUAAUGUUUUAGAAAGUAGAACUAGUGUAGAUGCACUCAGCAGUGGUGCUGCUGACAGGAAGUUCUCAGUUCAAACUCUGUCUUAACUAGUCCCCUCGCAGGUGAACGCUAUCUGUUUAACUGUGCCAUCCUCGUAAUGUUGCUGUUGGAAAGUUACCUUUUGCAAGUUGCCAAAUUGAUGAUUUAUGUGUGUGAAACAUAAUUGGUGUUAUUCAGGAAAUCUUACAAACAUGCUUCCAAUAAAUGCCUUGUAUCACACA